CUUUAUGUUAUCAAUAAUGAUGUAUUGUAAUAGUAUUGCUACAAGAAACAUUGACUUAACUUAAAAUUAACAAAAUGCCGAUGAUAAAAAAUAUUAUUUUGGGAAUUGUAAUUUUUGCUUCCGUAAAUUACGUAAACGCGAAGGGUGAAGAUGAUGCCAAAGUUGAUGAUCAAUUAGAGCACACAGGUAUCACACCAGAAGAAUUUAAACUGCCUUCGAUAUCUGAUGUAUGGGAGAUGUUCCAUAUAUUUGUUUUACCAUUCAUAUUAAAAUUUAUAGAGGAGUUUAGCAAUAUCAUCGAUACUAGAAAAAUAUUUGAGAUGGUCACUCCAACGGUCAUGAAUCUAAUGACUGCAAUGGACAUCAGUGUUAUACAAAAUAUCCUAUCUGUGAUUGGUAAAUCCAAUAUCAAAAACUUUACAACGCAGAAAACGGAACUUUAAACUGCUUGUACCUGUAACGUUUUCUAACUGCAGUUAAGAAUUAUUAUUAAGUCCGGAUGUAAUUUAAUAUUUCAAACCUUCCAUUGAAAUUAGUUUUACGAUGUUUUUGUAUAACAAUAAAAUAAACGGUAGUAGCUUGUU